ACCAACAAAGGGACCCAAACACCAAUAUUCACUUGGAAAUAAUACAGUCCACUCCUUCCUUUAAGCUUAUUGAAGAUUGCCUUUCCCUUCUAUGCUUUCUCCCUUCUUUCCUUAACCCAAAAGCUCCACUCUGCUCAGCUCCGAGCUCAGCUUCUGCAGGGCAAUGGAGGUUGCGAAGAUGAACAAACUUAUGGCUCUGACACUCAUGGUGUUGUGUUCCUUUGUCUUCCUCGGAAAAGCAGGGAAACAGCUUCCUAAGAAACAGACUUAUAUAAUCCACAUGGACAAGUCCCAGAUGCCGACCGACUUCACCGACCAUAUGGAAUGGUAUGGCUCGUCCCUCCGCUUGGUUUCUGAUGCGGCGGACGUGCUGUACUCUUACGACACGGUGCUUCACGGCUUCUCGACUAGGCUGUCCCCGGAGGAGUCCCGGUCGCUUGAGCAGCUGCCUGGGAUUCUCUCGGUGACGCCUGAGGUGAAGUACGAGCUCCACACGACCCGCUCCCCGGAGUUCCUCGGGCUCGAGGGAGACAAUUCUUCAUCUCCACAGGCUGUGUUUCCCGCGUCAGGUUCGGGAAGUGAGGUGAUCGUUGGGGUCCUGGAUACUGGAGUUUGGCCGGAGCUGAAGAGCUUCGACGACUCUGGGCUGGGACCGAUUCCUAGCAGAUGGAAGGGCGCGUGCGAGGAAGGAAAUAACUUCAAUUCCAACAGUUGCAAUCGGAAGCUUGUUGGUGCGAGGUACUUCUCGAAGGGGUACGAGGCCGCCAUGGGGCCAAUCAAUGAGUCCAUGGAAUCGAAAUCACCUAGGGACGAUGAUGGCCAUGGAACCCACACCUCCACCACCGCUGCGGGAUCCCCCGUCUCGGGGGCAAGCCUCUUUGGGUUCGCCUCAGGGAAAGCCCGUGGGAUGGCCCCACAAGCCCGGGUUGCAGCCUAUAAGGUAUGCUGGCUUGGAGGGUGUUUUGGAUCAGAUAUCUUGGCAGCAAUGGACAAAGCCGUAGUUGAUGGCGUGGACGUUAUAUCAAUGUCGAUCGGGGGAGAGGUCGCAGACUACUUUAGGGAUACAGUCUCAAUUGGGGCCUUCACCGCGAUGUCCAACGGGAUUCUUGUCUCAUGCUCAGCCGGGAACGCCGGGCCCAGCUCAGAGAGCAUCGGGAAUGUGGCCCCAUGGAUAACUACUGUUGGUGCAGGCACCCUAGACCGCGAAUUCCCAGCUUAUGUCACCCUUGGGAAUGGAAAGAAGUACAUGGGCGUGUCCCUUUACGGCGGGAAAUCGAUUUCGAAUACGUCACUCCCGCUUGUAUUUGCUGGAAACGUGAGUGGUUCAUUGAGCGGUGAUCUAUGCAUGACCGGUAGUUUGACUCCGAGCAAGGUCGCUGGGAAGAUCGUGGUGUGCGAUCGUGGAGGGAAUUCGCGGGCCCAGAAGGGUGUGGUGGUGAGGAAUGCAGGCGGGCUCGGGAUGAUAUUGGCCAACACGGAGUACUAUGGGGAGGAGCUAGUUGCUGAUGCCCACAUCCUACCUUCAGCAGCCCUCGGGAAAAAGGCGGCGGAUGCGGUGAAGAGGUAUGCCUCCUCGGAUCGGAAUCCAACGGCCACAAUAGCUUCGGGCGGCACCCACCUAGAAGUCCAGCCAUCACCAGUAGUGGCAGCUUUCAGCUCACGAGGACCGAACUCGUUAAACCCACAGGUUCUCAAGCCUGACCUUAUCGCCCCCGGGGUGAACAUACUCGCAGGCUGGACUGAAGCAGCUGGCCCUACGGGCCUGGACAGCGACAAGAGGAGGGUCAGCUUCAACAUAAUCUCCGGGACCUCCAUGUCCUGCCCGCACGUGAGCGGGCUAGCAGCCCUCCUCAAGGCCUCCCACCCUGAAUGGAGUCCUGCAGCAAUCAAAUCAGCCCUCAUGACCACGUCCUACACGACCUACAAGGAUGGGGACACCAUCGAGGAUGUGGCCACAGGGAACCCGUCUACACCGUUUGAUUACGGGGCAGGGCAUGUGGACCCGAUGGCCGCCAAUGAUCCAGGCCUAGUCUACGACACAACAGUAGAGGACUACCUUGGUUUCCUCUGUGCACUGAACUACACUGCAGGCCUAAUCAAACGGGCCACUAACAGGGACUUCACUUGCUCAGGGAAGAAGUAUCGGGUGGAGGAUCUCAAUUAUCCGUCCUUUGCGGUUCCAUUUGAGACAGCUUCAAGCAGAACGGGUGGGGCUGGGUCCACGAGCAUGGUCAAAUACACGAGGACCCUCACCAACGUGGGCAGCCCAGGAACAUACAAGGCCUCGAUAUCUUCUGGGACCCCAACGGUAAAAAUCUCAGUCGAGCCGGGAAUGUUGAGUUUUGGUGGUAUGAAUGAGAAGAAAAGCUAUACAGUUAUGUUCGUUGCCAGCUCCAUGCCAUCGGGCACGAUCAGCUUUGCACAUCUUGAGUGGUCAGAUGGGAAGCACAAGGUCCGGAGCCCGAUUGCUUUCAGCUGGACAUGAUCAUACCACAAGGAGGUCCGGUAUUACAAUGGUGCAAAUUCUCCAGCUGUUAAGGGCUAUAAAGGGCCUUCGAUGCGAAGAGUUGCUCUGCAUAUGCGUGGAAUGAACUCAAUAGGCCAAGCAAAAUUCCCAAGAGUAGGGAAAUAUGACUAACUGUACAGAUAUAUCCCAAGCAGUAUUAUUAUCAAGCAUGUCAAGAAGAAAACAAAUAAUCAAAGAACGAUGUUGUUUCUUCCUCCAAAUUCAGUUAGCCGAGUUCUCUAAA